ACAACAACGUCAGCAGACUCAGCUUCUCCCAUUACCGCGUUCUAUGACACGAUCACGAUCAAAGCAAACAAAAUUAACAUUGAUUCAUUGAUUUCUUUCAUUACGCGGUUCCGCAAUCUCUUCUGCUUUGUCCUCCUUUUUCACUUUUCUCUUCUCUCUUUAAUCUCAUCAGCAUCAUCAUUAUGACUUACAACACACGCACCUGUUCAUCUUAGCAGAUCUUCAAUGCCCAUCACUGAAUAAACUCAAUUCCUCACCAAACUUGCAUAGAGUUUCUAAGUUUUGAUUCAAGGAAGAAAAUCUAGCAUACCCAUUUGAGCUUUUACAAAAAUGGCAUCGAGCACGAUCCGCAAGGCGAUUGGUGUUGUGAAGGAUCAAACCAGCAUCAGCAUAGCCAAAGUGGCAGGUAAUUUGGCCCCUGACCUUGAAGUCUUGGUGGUCAAAGCCACCAGCCAUGAAGAGGUUCCUGCUGAUGACAAGUAUCUCAGGGAGAUUCUGAGCUUGACAUCGUCUUCUAGGGGCUACAUCAAUGCUUGUUUGGUCACCAUUUCAAAGAGGUUAGGGAAGACUCGUGAUUGGAUUGUGGCGGUGAAGACGCUUAUGCUUGUUCACAGGCUUUUGGUUGAUGGGCACCCUGUUUUCGAAGAGGAGAUUGUUCACUCCACUCGCAGAGGGAUCAGGAUUCUCAACAUGUCUGAUUUCAGAGAUGAGGCGCAUUCAAGUUCGUGGGAUCAUGCUGGUUUUGUCAGGGUUUAUGCAUUGUACCUUGAUGAGAAGGUUGAGUUUGUGGCGUAUCAGAGGAAGCUGAGAGGUGGUGGUGGCGGUGGCAGUGGUGGUGAAUCUGUGAAUGAGGAAUCGGUUGGGAGAGAUCAGAUUCAGAAGAGUGAGGUUGUUACUCCUGUGAGGGAAAUGGGAGCUGAGAGGGUUUUGGACAGGUUGAAGCAUUUGCUGAGGAUUCUUGAUCGUGUGUUGGGUUGCAAGCCAAAUGGUGCUGCGAGGAAUAGCAGGCUAGUGCAGGUUGCGCUUUACCAGGUUGUGAGGGACAGUGUCAAGCUUUAUGUAGAGAUUUGUGAUGUGUUGGGGGUGUUGAUGGAUCGGUUUACGGAGAUGGAGUAUGUACAUUGUGUCAAGGCCUUUGAUUCUUAUGUGGAUGCUGCUAAAUUGAUGGAUGAAUUGGUGAAUUUCUAUGGUUGGUGUAAGGAGAUGGGAAUUGCAAGGUCAUCUGAGUACCCUGAAGUGCAGAGGAUUAGUGAUAAACUUUUGGGAGCUCUUGAGGGUUUGUUGAAGGAGAUGGGUAAUAGGAGGCAAAAUAGCACUGAGAGGAAGUUAGAGGACAAGGUAAUUGUAAAAAUGCAAGAGCCAGAGCCAGAACAAGAUAUGAAUGAGGUGAAGGCUCUUCCAGCACCUGAGAAUUUCACACCUCCACCACCACCCCCUUCAAUUCCUAAGGCAGCUCCUCCUCCUAUACAACAAGAGACAAGCGAUUUGGUGAAUCUAAGAGAUGAUGGAGUUUCAGCUGAUGAGCAAGGAAACAAACUAGCAUUGGCAUUGUUCUCUGGACCUGUUAGGACAGAAGGUUCAUGGGAAGCAUUUCCUUCAAAUGGGGAACCUGAAGUUACCUCAGCUUGGCAGACACCAGCUGCUGAGCCUGGUAAAGCAGAUUGGGAAUUGGCACUGGUGGAGACUAAUAGCAACUUGUCCAAGCAGAAGGCUGAUUUGGGUGGUGGUCUUGAUCCACUGCUACUGAAUGGGAUGUAUGAUCAAGGUGCUGUGAGGCAGCAUGUGAGCACGACUCAGCUGAGCGGCGGGAGUGCUAGCAGUGUGGCACUCCCGGGAAUCGGGAAGAGUGCGACCCCAGUUCUGGCUUUGCCUGCCCCAGAUGGGACAAUGCAAGCUGUGGGGUCGCAAGAUCCCUUUGCGGCAUCGCUCUCGGUUCCGCCGCCUUCGUACGUGCAGAUAGCAGAGAUGGAGAGGAAGCAGCAUUUGCUUGUGCAGGAACAGCAGCUGUGGCAGCAAUAUGGGAGUGAAGGGAUGCAAGGUCAAGUAGGGUUAACAAGGCUUGCUGCUGGAUCUGGUUACCAUGUUGCUGGUUAUGGAAUGCCUCAACAGUUUGGUGGGAUUGGGCAACCUGGAGGCUACUACCAUGCACCAUUUUGAGUUGAAGUGAGGGACUUGUUUCUUGCCAAACUUAGUCUUUUCCAUGGCCAUGAAUAAUAUAUCAAAGCCUGUUUUUCUGUUUGUCUGCGUUUGAGAUAUAUAUGUAUACUUCGAAAGUUAUAUACCAAGUUGGGAAGAAAAAAAAGCUAAAUACGAAUGAAUGUAUGAAUGUCCUUGUCUUCUAACGUA